GUACUGCUUUCAGGAAUGACAACACGAGAAAAUUUACUGCGCAUACCCAGAAUUUCUACUCUUGUAACUGGAGUGGACAAGUCGAAAACACUCCCAGAUGAAGUGCUCCAGAUUGUCACAGUUCUGACUCCGGAAUCUUUAAUGUUGUGCUUGACUGGAGAAACAAGAAUGGACAAAGAAUUAUUGGAGAAAGAGCUUGCUCCGUUCCUUAGUCCAAACACAAAAGAGGAGAUUAAAACAAUUGCAGUGGAGAAUGUUGUUGGUCUGACUGGUUCAGAGGAAGGAAAGACAUUCCUAAAGGGUAGUGAGAGAUUACUGGAAGGUUUAGUUUCAUUGACAGAGGAUAAAAGGACAGAUAUUCAGGAAAGUGUCUUUAAGGCAUUAAUAAACCUAAUGAGUGAUGAAGAGACUUGUUGGACUAUUUUAAACUUGGAAAAAUUUGAAAAUAAAUUCACCGAGUGGUUACAAAGUGCUUUGGACUCGUCUUGUAAAAAUGCAGAUAAUAUUUGUAAAUUGUUGUCAAAUUUGACUCGAUCAGAGAAAUGUGCAGGUCGCGUUUCACAACAAGUUUUAGAAAAUGAUGACAUUAGUAUUGAAAAGAUUGUGCUAGUUUUGUGUAAUCUUGCCCACAACCCAAAAGCAGACUUGCACUAUUUGGGCGCUGUUUUAGAGAACUUAUCACAGAUAAGGGAGGUUAGAUGUAGAAUUAUGGAUAAGGAGCGUUGUAUUAUGCAGAGGUUACUCCCCUUUACAGAGUUUAAACAGUCGUCUGUGAGAAGAGGUGGGAUAAUUGGCACUCUGAAAAACUGCUGCUUUGACACAGAAUACCAUGAAUGGUUGCUAGGUGACCAAGUUGACAUAUUACCAAGGUUACUGUUACCACUGGCAGGACCAGAGGAGUUUGAUGAUGAUGACAUGGAACGUUUACCGGAUGAUCUGCAGUAUCUUCCGUCAGAUAAGCAAAGAGAACCAGAUGCCUAUAUAAGGAAAAUGCUGACUGAAGCAAUCUUACAAUUAUGUGCCACUAAGAAAGGGAAGAAAUUUGUGAAAGACAAGAACACAUAUGUCAUCAUGAGGGAGUAUUAUGCUUGGGAGAGGAAAAUAGACCAUGUCAAUGAAAUUGCAGCAAUGAGUUUAAUUGAUGUUUUAAUUGGAGAUGAACCAUCUGAAGAAUUUGGAGACAACUUGAAGGAAGUAGAUAUCCCUGAAGAUAUACAGCAAGACUUCUUGAAGCAAGAUCAAAAAGAACUUGAAUAUGCUUACAAAGAACAGAGAGAGAAAUUAGAGGAAAAUUGUUCAAACUGAAAUUUUCUUUCCUAGCUAGGAUCACGUGAAACUGUCUGGAUGAAAAGGAUUUCUUAAAGAUCAAGACUUUCCAGUGUGAAAUAAGAUUAAAAGGACCUUGAAAAUGCUUGAAAAGGAAUUUGAAGAAAAAUUGUGCCCCCUGAAGAUAUUUUUUUACCUAGGGUGUUUCUAAACUGAAAGGAGGAGGUUCAGCCGGGGUUUGCAUGGCUAAUGUACCAUUAGAACAACAGUCUUUGUGAUAAUAUGUCCAAAGACAUGAUGUAUUAACCCUUACCCUGCUAAAUUUCUAUAAUGAACUUGUCCAUCUUUCAAUUUGGACAGCACCAUUAACUGUUAUAAGGGGUGAUAACCAAAAAUAUACUGACAGAAUAGGGAACAGUGCAGAUCAUAAUCUACACUGGUCGCAAAGGCAGAAUCAAUCGUGUCAAGCUUGAUAUGGGUUAAAUGAAAAGCAUACUUGAUUAGCUCAGUAGGUAGAGCUGUUUGUCUAACUGUUGCAGAAUUGAUCUCUAGGCGAGGAGCUUGUUCUCUUUGAAAGUUUGACAGUAAACAGUCUUUUCAAAGUCAUUUAUCCUACAAGUCUUAGUGUAGAGAAGUUGGUGUUAAUUGUACUUUAUGAAAAGAAAUAUUGACGUGCUGAUAUCAAAACCAGCACAUUUUUAAUGUAGUUCUACACAUUUGAAACAAAUAAUUGAGCCGCGCCAUGAGAAAACCAACAUAGUGGGUUUGCGACCAGCA